GCUGUCCAGACUGCCAGCCAUCCUUUUGUCUCCCCUCCUUCAUAAUGAUCAGGCAGGGCUGGCGAUAGCGGCAUCAGUGUUCGCCCCACCGUGUGUGUGUUGUGUGUGUGUGUGUUGGAGCGCGACGUCAUGUAUCUAAUAGGGCGGCCGUGGCGACACCCAGUGUUGACACUUGAGUAAAGUCACACACGUUAAUCAGGGUGAGUUUGGAUCCUGGAAAGGGUGGCAUGUUUGGGUUUAGAGGGCGGGGCCGUCGACGCAUGGUGUUGUGUUGGUGUGACGUCCCGCGCAGGAACGACAACACCACAGCUUAGAAGCGGCGGCAGCGUAUGCUGUGACUCCUGUCCUGCAGUGGUGGCCGAGACGACGGGGUUGAAGCCGCUGCCCUGCGUGGCCCAUGGCUCGCCCACACGUGGCCAACGAUGACCCCGACCAGCGAUGGGGAACGACGGUCCUCGAUCCAGCAUCUGUGGAGGCUGAGUGUGACACGGGUAGCACGACGGCCCCUGAUCCACGGACUGAGUGGUGGGCGGCCCCCGGGGAGGAGGUGGAGGACGUCGUCUUAAAAGGCGGCAUUCUGGAGCGGCCUCUUCUGCCGCUGAAUGUGUUCAUGUCCGUGAUGGGCGUCGGGCCGCCUUCCUACCAUCCGGAGAGCAAGACUUACCGCAUGCGAUGGCUCAGCCCGUCGGGGGUGGCCACACUGACGGCGGCAGCGGCGGUGAUAGUGCUUACAGUAGUGGCGGCACUUGGCCUGGUGUGGCACCUACUGGCGGGCGGCGAGGACCAGGACUCGCGACCGGUGCGGAGCCUCAAAACCAUCGGCGUUUUGAUCGUAGGGGGCUACCAGGUGAACGCCCUGGUGCAGGUAUUAAACACAGCCUUGGCGGCAUCGCGCCACGCCCAACUCCUCACCGCCUGGACCAGCCUGGCGGCCCAGCACCACAUAAAUCCCACGCAGGGGCUUCGGCUCAAGUGUCUGGUGAAUGUGGCUUUCAUGACGGCCUUCAUUGCCGCCAUGCUGACUUCAGCGAGCCUAGGCCGACCCCGCUUCGUGGCCCAUGUGCUGGAGGGCCUCGCCGAGCGGCUAUACCUUGUGCCGCGGUACAUGCUGGACGAUUCCUCCUCCUCCACAGCAAAGGCGGCCCACGUGUGUGUGUGCUGCGUGGCGUUGCAUCACUUCGCCAUCAACAAGAGCUACCUGUUCGCCUUCACCACGCACUGCCACCUGCUGCAAGCCGCCCUGAAGGCAUGGAACACACACCUCAACAGAGCCCUUGACAGUGAGUGCCGCACAUAGCCGUUGCUCCGGAUAAAGAUAAAGGUGGGUGCAUACGCUAUAGUUGCGCGUGGCUGCGGUGCUCAUCUCCGAUCCGUUGACCCUUAGAGCCUGUGGUAGGCAAGAACCAGUUACUCGGUGUGGCGUCGAGUCUUGUCCCCUUGAUUUAGUCCGUCCGCCUUGUCUACAUACAUACAUGGGUUGAUGAAUUUCGGCACGGUACCGUGUCUAUUGUCAGCUGCUUGUCAUACAAUUGGUGCGGUUUAUUUCAUUUAUGACAUUUACCGACAUACGAGGGGUGCAGGUUAUCUCAUUUAUCACAUUUACCGACAUACAAAGGGUGCAGGUUAUCUCAUUUAUCACAUUUACCGACAUACAAGGGGUGCAGGUUAUCUCAUUUAUCACAUUUACCGACAUACAAGGGGUGCAGGUUAUCUCAUUUAUCACAUUUACCGACAUACAAGGGGUGCAGGUUAUCUCAUUUAUCACAUUUACCGACAUACAAAGGGUGCAGGUUAUCUCAUUUAUCACAUUUACCGACAUACAAGGGGUGCAGGUUAUCUCAUUUAUCACAUUUACCGACAUACAAGGGGUGCAGGUUAUCUCAUUUAUCACAUUUACCGACAUACAAGGGGUGCAGGUUAUCUCAUUUAUCACAUUUACCGACAUACAAGGGGUGCAGGUUAUCUCAUUUAUCACA